AGUGGCUCUGUUUUACUGCUAACUGGUCCUUCUGGAAGUGGAAAGACUGCAACUAUACAAAUAUUAGCAAAAGAUCUUGGUGUUCAGGUGCAAGAAUGGACCAAUCCAGUACCUUUAGACUUUACAAAAGAAGACUUAAGAAAUAUGUUUGACCAGGACUCAAAUUUUCAUACGUUUCCGAGUCAGGCCCAAGCAGCUCUCUUUCAAGAUUUUCUAUUAAGAGCAAAUAAGUAUAACAAACUUCAGAUGCUUGGGGAGUCCUCAGAAAAUGAUAAAAAGCUUAUUCUUAUUGAAGACAUACCUAACCAAUUCUAUCGAGACCCAAGUAGUCUACAUGAAAUUCUCAGGAGAUUUGUUCGUACAAGUAGAUGUCCCCUUAUAUUUAUAAUCUCGGAUAACUUCAGUGGAGACAACAACCAGAGGUUACUAUUCCCAACAGAAAUUCUAGAGGAGUUAUGUAUAUGCAAUAUUAGUUUCAAGCCUGUUGCACCAACAAAUAUGAUGAAAGUUCUUAAUCGAAUAGCUGCAACAGAAGCUAGUAUGAACAGAGAAAAAAAUUACGCUCUUGACAAAACUUCUCUGGAGUUGCUUUGCAGAGGUUGUUCAGGUGAUAUAAGAAGUGCAAUAAACAGUCUUCAAUUUUCUUCUAUGAAAAACUGCUCAUUGGAGAAGGAGUUUUGGUCAAGGAAGAAAAGGAGCUCCACACUAAAAUGUGAAGCAGCAGCAGUAUCUAAAGUAAGAAAGGAAAGUAAAUCUGAUACUUCAGAAGACCAGGAGAUACAAGCUAUUGGUGGCAAAGAUGCUUCCAUCUUUCUUUUCCAUGCUCUGGGGAAAAUAAUUUACUGCAAAAGAGAACCAGUGUCAGAAUUUCCUCAGCUGCCUGCUCACUUAUCAGAAUACCGUCGAGACACCUUGCUUAUUCAGCCUGAGGAUAUUGUGGAAAAAUCGCAUAUGUCUGGAAGCAUGUUUAAUUUAUACCUUCACCAGAACUUUGUAGACUUUUUUUCUGAUAUCGAUGAUGUAGUGAGAGCUAGUGAAUAUUUGAGCACUGCUGAUGUCCUUUGUAGUAAUUGGAGUACACGGCUUGUGAUGGAAAAAUAUAGCGCAUCUGUGGCUACCCGAGGAGUGAUACAUUCAAAUACAUCCAGAGCCUUUGCCCACCACCAAGGAGGAAUGGGGUUCCGACCUUUACAUAAACCCCAGUGGUUCUUCAUCAAUAAAAAGUAUCAAGAAAACUGCCUUGCUGCAAAAUCUCUGUUUUCAAGCUUUUGUUUACCACCUGAGUGUCUUCAGACAGAGCUAUUGCCUUAUCUUGCUAUGUUAGCAAAUCCGAUGAGAAACCAGGCUCAGAUUGCUUUUAUCCAAGACGUUGGGAGGCUACCGCUGAAAAGACAUUUUGGGAGGUUAAAGCUUGAAACGCUUACUGACAAAGAUCCUGGGAUACCAGACUUAUUUCUUAGCUCUGAGGGGGACGGUGCCAAUGUGCAUGCUGUGGAGACGGCUGUACAGAUGGAGAAAAACAGAACGAGUGAGAAUGAGUCGGAUGCAUUCCCUCUCUCUUCUAGCCAGUGCAGUGGAAGCGAACUGCCUUGCAGUCAGCCUCAGCCUGUUGCAGCUCAAGCAAUCAUGGAGGAAGAUGAAUUAAAAAUAGAGGAAUAUGAUAGUGACUGAGUACAACAAAAUACCGGACACUGACUUGCCCGAAUAGAUUAAUACGCUAAAAGGUCUUUGCUAAAGAGAGUAUGGUCUGCUCAAAAGUACUGCUUUAGCUACUUUGGUGGGCUAGGAGGCCAAGACUAAACAUGCCAUG